AUGCGUCCUUCAGUGUCUAUCGCAAUCUCUCUUUUGGCGUUUGCUCUGAGAGCAUGUGCUGUUGGUGUGGUUGGCAGUCCAGAAGGCUUUGGUUCGGGCACCACGGGCGGAGGUAGCGCUACGCCAGCAUAUCCUUCGAGUACCACGGAGUUGGAGUCAUGGUUGGAGGAUGACGUUGCUAGAGUCAUUGUACUCAACAAGGAGUACAACUUCAAGGGUACCGAGGGAACCACUACGGCAACGGGCUGCAGACCCACCUCAAACACCUGCCCCGGAGCUGGCGGUCAGGAUGCCAUCAACGCUAAUGGAUGGUGCGGGAGUGCUCCUGCGGUCUCUGUGACCUACGACAACGCUGGAGUCACACCCAUCAACCUGGGCUCGAACAAGUCCCUCAUUGGCGUUGGAUCCGCAGGUGUCAUCCGUGGCAAGGGUCUUCGUAUCGCCAACGGAGCCAAGAACAUCAUCAUCCAGAACAUCCAUAUCACAGAACUCAACCCUCAGUACAUCUGGGGCGGUGACGCAAUCACUCUUGAUGGCUCUGAUCUGAUCUCCCUCGUUGGCCGCCAGAUGUUUGUGGCCGGCUACGAGGCAUCCAACAGGGUCUCACUGACGAACAAUGAGUUCGACGGCUCGACAUCUUGGAGCGCAACGUGCGACGGGCACCACUAUUGGACCAUCUUGCUGCUCGGGUCCAGCGAUCUAAUCACCAUGAAAGGCAACUACAUCCACCACACGUCCGGCAGAGGUCCCAAGGUCGGAGGCAACACGCUCAUCCAUGCAGUAAACAACGAAUGGUACGCCGUCUCCGGGCACGCGUUCGACAUGGGCGAGUCGGGCGCCAUGGCCGUGGCCGAGGGCAACGUCUUCCAGAACGUCGUCACGCCGCUGCUCUCGCCCGUCGAGGGCCGCAUCUUCACGGCGCCCAGCACGAGCGCCAACGCCGUGUGCUCGACCUACCUCGGCCACACGUGCGUGGUCAACGCCUUCGGCAGCAGCGGCACCUUCACGAGUUCCUCCGACACCAGCUUCCUGUCCAACUUCAACGGGAAGACGGUUGCUAGCGCCAGCACGGCGGCGUACAAGGACAGCACCGCUGGUAUUGGGAAGAUCUGA